AUGGCUGUAAAAAUCGUGGAGACUCACUCCCUCUCGCCACCACCACCACCCUCCGGCGCCGAUCAGUCGCUCCCUCUCGUAUACUUCGACAUGAUAUGGCUCGACUUCAUCCUCACCGAGACUCUCCACUUCUACCCCCUCAAAUGCUCCCAAUCUCAUUUCCUCAACACCAUCCUCAUCCACCUCAAAAACUCCCUCUCCCUCGCUCUCCAACACUUUUACCCUCUAUCAUCCAACAUCAUCUUCCCCCUCACCCCCUCCGCCAUGCCGUCCACCGCCCCCGCCGCGCUCCCCCUCACCGUCGCCAUCUCCGACGCCGACUUCGCCAUCCUAAUCUCCAACUCCCCCAAACCCUCCGCCGAAUUCCAUCAAUUCGUCCCACAAUUGCCGCCGCCGCUUCUUCACUCCUCCGCCGACAUCCGAUUCAGCCCCGUCGCGAUCCAACUCACCUUCUUUCCCAACGAGGGUUUCUGCAUCGGCCUUACCGUCCAUCACGCCAUCUGCGACGCCAGCACGCUCUCCCGCUUCCUCCGCACGUGGGCCGCCUUCAACAGAGGCGAAGAUUCAGAUUCAGAUUCUAUCAAGAAUCUUCUCCCUUCCUACUCCCGAGAUUCCAUCCAAGAUUCCAACAGACUAACCGUAUUCCGUUGGAAUCAAAUCAAGAAAAGCAAACCAACGGUUUCACAAACACUCCCUCCUCCUAAUUUUCACAAACUACUCCGAGCAACGUUCAAAAUCAGCGAUUCCCAAAUCAAGAAGCUCAAGAGCUUCGCCAUGAUCAAGAAUCCUUCCACUUUCGUGGCGGUCUGCGCUCAUAUCUGGACCACCAUGGCCAGAACGGAUGCGGCAGCGGAGGAUGCCAACGACGAGCCGUACUACUUAGGCUCUCCCGUUGACUGCCGCCGCCGCCUCAUUCCGCCGCUUCCGGACAGCUACUUCGGCAACUGCGUGAUGCCUUUGAUCGCGGUCUCCACGCGCGAAACGCUGAGAGGGAAUGGGGGGUUUGCGGCGGCGGUGGCGGCGGUUGUGGCGGCUAUUGAGGUUGUCGGAAAAAGCACGAGGGUGUCGGAGUUUUUUUACAAUCGAUCGGAGAUAAUGUCGGAGUUGGUCGGGAAGAAGGCGGUUUGGAUCGUGGGAUCGUUGAGGAUUGAUCAUUAUGGUGCAGAUGCAGAUUUUGGAUGGGGGGAGGCAGUUAAGUAUGAAUGUAUUCAUACUGAUUAUCAGGGAGUUGUUCAUCUUUGUAAAGGUAGAGAAGGAGGAGUGGAGUUUGGGUUGUCAAUGGAGAAGGAUAAGAUGGGUAUUUUUGCAGAUGUGUUUCACAAAAACCUCAUCUUCAAUAGCAAUUUGUAA